AUGGACUUUGAGCAAAUUCUCAAUCUCUUCGAUUUAUUCUGGUUCGAGAGCAAAAUCUUCAACAAACACCCCUUUUCGAGCAAAGAAAUUGCGGGAGCGGAGUCGAGGAGGAGGCUUAGAGGGAGAAGAAUGAGGGGAUGGGAAAGUAGGAGCCUUUUGGAGCUGGAAUUAGAGGAGCUGAAAGGGUUUAUGGAUUUAGGAUUUGUUUUCUCCGAGGAGGAUAAAGGUUCGAGCUUGGCGUCCAUAGUUCCGGGGUUGAAUCGAAUAGGAAAAAGGGAAGAAGAAGAAGAAGAAAGAAAGUUUUGUAGUGAAAUUUCGAGGCCUUAUCUUUCAGAAGCUUGGAAGGCUAUGGAGGAAGAAGAAGACGAGGAGGAAUUGAAGAAGUCAUUGAUGAUGAAAUGGAAGUUUCCUUCUAACCAGAUGCAUAUGAAAGUACAUCUCAAAUGGUGGGCUCAUGUUGUUGCUUCAACUGUUAGAUGA